GGGGCGCGCACGUCCGUGGUGUCGCAGGGGCGCGCGGAGGUUUGUGAGAGCGGUCUAUCUUCCUGGGAAUGGCGGGAGGUUUCAUUUCUGUUUAGCCUGAGUGGGAGGGCAGAGGACAAACUGCCUGUUAUCACUUGCAGAGUGGGAGUGCUGUGUGCCCAGGAGUCCAUCUAUGAGCUUACUGGAGGGAUAGUGCAGGUCUUCACUCAUUACAGCUGGUAAGGAAAUACACUUUAUAUUAGGAGAGUCACUGUAUAGAGAUACAUUGUGCAUGGAGCCAGUUAGUGCAGUGAAUACAGUAAUAAACACACACAGAAUAUGCCCUACUCUUAUGGACUACAACUCUCACAACCCUUUAUCUCUCUCAUCAUGUGUAAGUUUGCAGUACAGGUGCAUGCCUUUUAGUGGUUAGAAAGCUGGAUCUAAUAUAUCAAGGUUGUAGUGGUAAUGUUGUAAACAUUUCAAUUGAAAAUAUUUGUGAUAAUCUCAUAGUACUGUUACAAUCUUAGUAAAAUGCAACAAAAGAUUCACAGGUACAAGAAAAUUAGUGUGCAAUAUGGGCAACCACAUUCUGCCAGAAAAGGUCAUAGGUAGCUUGGGCUGCCAUAGAAACCACUGUUUAAAGGGAUCCCCCCACUGCCCAUAUAUAAAAGAAAUAUGAAUAAAUAUCACUGCUCAGUAAAUAUACUCCCAUAUUAAACCAUGCACGCAUUUAAUUAUGCAUUUUUUUUAGCGUGUAUACGAAGACUGCUUGCAAAAGCUGCAGUUCUCUUGUCUGCAGCCUUUGCAAUCCCACACAUGUUUCUCGCCCAGAGUGUUUGUGUCUGUCCAAUUGCAGACUUCCCAAAGCCGUUGGAGGAGAAGUCUUUGCAAGGCAGAUGAUCUGGGCAAUUGCAUGCCUCUUGAGUUUAGCAACACCGAGCUAAACAAACCAGGAAGUAACAGGGGUGGUUGACAGCUUAUGAGGUGUAAUAAGGUUAAUUUAUAAAAGUGACAAUUUCUAUUUAAAUGUACACUUUUUGUAAAAUAAAAUAAAAAAAGGACACACUCUUCAAACAUAUAGCAUUUAAUAAGCUAAAGUGCUUUAUGGGUUUGGAGUGUCCCUUUAACUUUUACUGUCUGGGGACUUUGCAUAAUUUGCAAAUACACUUGACCGAGACAUUGCAUGCCAGGAGGGGCAGGCAAAAGUGGGAUUUCUUAUUUGAAUCAGUCCCUCGUGUGUGUUGCUAUCCUCUUCCAGAUUGUCCUUUUCUGUUCAAGGAGCUGAUGUCACUGUUGUACUCUCGAGAAUGUGUGAGAGACAACAUUGAGAUCUAAGGAAGAGACAGCGGGAUCCAUAGAGCCAAUUGCCUGCAGCCGUCACUGGUGAUGGCUGGGGGAUUGACACUUCUUGAUGGUGGUAGCUCCAAGAGGAGGAAAAAUAGAGCCCUCACUCUGAAUCUGGUCUAGUUUGUCCCAUGUAGCAGUUCAAUUCAUCAGUGAUAAUAUAAGUUGAGCGAGCAGAAAUUAGAUACUGGGCACCACCAGAAACAUUAUACCCAAAGGGACAGUGCCGGGAGUGUCCACCUAUGUUAAGUACCGAGAUGAGACUCCAGGGGUCUCUAGGGGCUUAACCCCAAUAUCAAUAACAAAAAACAGAAAAAGAUACAAAUAGUCCCAACACCUAAAGUGUUUAAAGGACUGCUAUAGUGCCAGGAAAACAAACUCAAGCAAGUCUUAUGGCUUGACUGGUGUGCAGAUUCUUGUUUAACAUUGUAUUAACUAUCCACAGACUUCAGGUGGAAGGAGUUUUCAAUCAAAUUUUUUUUCCCAACCAUAACUUUUUCGGUUUUUGCUUCCCACUACCAGACCUUUGUAAGCAAACCAGUAACCAACCUCAUGCUGAUGAUUUGCAUUAACAAUGAAACAGCUGUCUAUGAGUGGUUAAUCAGCUGUGCAUCUUUUCCUAAGUUGUGUUUCAAAGCUGUUGUAUACAGCAAACACAUGUUUAAUCCCUUAAGGACCAAACUUCUGGUAUAAAAGGGAAUCAUGACAUGUCACACAUGUCAUGUGUCCUUACGGGGUUAAAAUGAAAUGAGGAAAAAAUGUGAUUCUUUGUUAAACUAAUUUGUAUAAGCCCACCCAGAAUCCUUUGUGGUAGUAACAUCACUGCAGAUUUGUGAUUUCUAUGGGAAGAACAAGUCUUAUGGCUUGACUGGUGUGCAGAUUUAAUAAUACGAUAUAUACAUAAUUACAUAAAUAAUUUCAUAAAUAUACAUGUAGACUUCAGAUAUUCAAAUAUGUAUAUAUGUUUAUGUAAUAUAUUUUCAUAAUUAAAGGACCACUAUAGGCACCCAGGCCACUUCAGCUCAAUGAAGUGGUCUGGGUGCCAGGUGCCCCUAGUUUUAACGCUGCAGCUGAAAACAUAGCAGUUUCAGAGAAACUAUUUUUACAUUGCAUGGUUAAUCCAGCUUUUAUUGGCUAUCUCUCUGACGGUACCCCACCCCCCAUGUACAGGUUUUAUAGUGUUUUUGAUAGUUACAGGGUCAAAUAUAAGGCUUGCCUUUCCGUUUUUCACAUUGAAAUUUGCCGGAUUGGUUAUGUUGCCUUUGAGAGCGUAUGGUAGUCCAGGGAUGCGAUUUACCCCCAUGAUGGCAUACCAUUUGCAAAAGAAGACAAUCCAAGGUAUUGCAAAUAGGGUAUGUUCAGUUAUUUUUAGUAGCCACUUAGUCACAAACAGUGGCCAAAGUUAGCAUUCAUAAUGGUUUUUUGCAUUUUUAACACACAAAUAUAAAUGCUAACUUUGGCCAGUGUUUGUGACUAAGUGGCUACUAAAAAAGACUGGACAUACCCCAUAUUGAAUAUCCUGGGUUGUCUACUUUAAAAAAAUAUGUACAUGUGAGGUGUGAUUCAGAGAUUUAUACCGAUAAGUGUUACAAUGUCACUAUUGAUACAUUUUAAAAAUAUAUAUUUUGAAACAGCAAUGUCCUACUUGUGCUUAUAGCCCUAUAACUUGGCAAAAAGAAAAGCUAAGAACAUGUUAAAGGAUCACUAUAGGGUCAGGAACACAAACAUGUAUUCCUGACCCUAUAGUGUUAAAACCACCAUCUAGCCCCCCUCGGCUCCUCAUGCCUCCCUAAAAAUAGCAAAAUCUUACUGUAUUCAAGCCACAAGCUGUAGCUCUGCAUGCUGUUUGUCUAAAAAAAAAAAACAACCAAGCAAUCUGCUGAGCUGACAUCAUCAGAAGUGAUUGCAUGAUCCAAUCACAAUGCUUCCCCAUAGGAUUGGCUGAGACUGACAAGGAGUCAGGGGCAGAGCCAGCAUGAUUCAAACACAGCCCUGGCCAAUUAGCAUCUCAUCAUAGAGAUGAAUUGAAUCAGUGAAUCUCUAUGAGGAAAGUUCAGUGACUCCAUGCAGAGGGAGGAGACUCUGAAUGUUUUGAUGCAUUUUAGGCAGCCAUGACCCAGGAAGGAUCUCGAACAUCCAUCUGAGGAGUGGCCAAUGAAGUUAUCACUAGGCUGUAAUGUAAACACUGCAUUUUCUCUGAAAAGACAGUGUUUACAGCAAAAGGCCUGAAGGUAAUGAUUCUACACACCAGAAAAAAUUCAAUAAGCUGUAGUUGUUCUGGUGACUAUAGUGUCCCUUUAACAUUGGGUAUUUCUAAACUCAGGACAAAAUUUUGAAAUAAUUUAUCAUGGUUGUUUUUUGGCGGUUGUAGAUGCGUAACAGAUUUUGGAGGUCAAAGUUAGAAAAAGUGGUUUUUUUUUAAAUCAUAUUUUGUAAUUUUCUAUAGUAAAUUAUGAUAUGAUGAAAAUAAUGGUAUCUUUAGAAAGACCAUUUAAUGGGGGCGGGGCCUAACCACUGACCCAAUCGAACGCCAUUUCUAGAUGCUCCUCUGCCCACAAACUUAAUCCGGUCUAAAUCAACAAAACUCACCGCAAUCCAGACAUGGUACAUACCGAGCCGGACCCAGCAGGGCAAACGGAACCGACUGAUGCCUUUUUUUUUUCAAGCGCAGAAAACAACAAAGAGGAAGCACAGGCCUGAGGCCUACCGAGCGCUUUACGGCCUGGAGGAAAUUCUGGGAAGCCUCACAGCGAGCGGAGCACACAGCCCGCAAUUCCAGACACCACCAGUCUCCUCAGCUCCAAUGCCAGGCAAAGGUUGGCGCUCCCAAGUGCCCCAAAAUCAGGCAGACAGCCAGUACAUAGGGGCCAUGUUGCAAAGGCCUGCACAUAACAGAUCCACUCCCACAGACGGCAUGCAAAUUAGGGACAAGGGCACAGCAACAGGUUAUGACAGACCUGAGAGCUCACAGGCACCACAAAUCCUCCAAGCUGAGCAGCAAGAACAGCCAGAUGUUCAGCUCCCACCACAAAAAGGGACCUAAAACUCCUUCUGGCAGAAAUCCAUAAGCUACUGGCGGCGGACUCCGUGCAAUUAAAGACGGAGGUACAGGCGGUCACUGAGAGAGUGUGGGCAUCAGAGGAGGAAAUACUCACAGUACAAACCCACCUAACCAAUGUAGAUACCUCUGUACAAGAGCUUCAAACCCAAAACCAGAUACUGUCACUCCGACUCGCAACCCUGGAAGACCGCCAGAGGUGCACGAAUAUCAAGAUCAGGGGCAUUCUCUCAAUGGUCACUGCGGGAGAACUGCCACACUACGUUAGAAGACUAUUGACAACCAUCAUGUCACAUACUGUGGCCAAACGCAUAAACAUAGACAGUGUAUACCGCCUCCCAAGCACUACCCAACGCAUGACAACCACGGCACGAGACAUCAUUCUUAGAUGCAUCACGCUGCCUGACAAGCUCCAAAUUAUGGUGGCAAUAAAAGACAAGGCACUGCUCACAUUUGAGAACUCAAGCCUCACGUUUUACCAAGAUCUUACAAGAGCCACUCUCCAGAUCCGUAAAAGCUACUGGCCGGUCACAACCCAACUGAGAAACGCAGGACUGGCAUACCGCUGGGGAGCAAACGGCUCCUUAGUAGUGACUCAAAAUGGGACUGUACAUAAGCUACCCCAUAUGGGAGACGCACAGAUUUUUCUGGGUGCAUUGGGUCUGCUCCACCCACCCACACCUCCAAGCAGCAGGCGACCACAUGGCACCCCGCCACUGUCAAUCCAUUCACCCCGAGAGAGAGGAACCCAGGUCCAGAAACACAGUGACUGCAGGGUGCAAACCCCCGAGGAACGCCUCCUCAAAUUGAUUCUGACCCAGUUUGUGUUACUUCUGUAAAGUGUUUUUAACCUCUUGCUCAAACAUGGCAACACCACACAAUGCCCACACAGACACGAGCCCGGCACAAGCAAGGGCAGACUAGGCUGUUAAGCACGUAAGCGAACACCAAAUGGCAUAACAUUCCCCCGCACCCACCCCUGCUGCCCCCUAGGUAAGGGGCACACAGCGUGGUUGCAUAUCCCCAUACUUCACCCCCACAUUAUCUGGGGCGCACAUGCCCACGCUGCACACGAUAAGCUACGACCAAUGGAACCAGCAUGACACUUUACACUCUAUACAUGACAAUGCUCCUGCAUCCUACAAUCUCCAAGCAUAAGCAUGCACUAUCCCAGGACAUAGGUCAUAAGUACCGCACACAGGGACCACACUCAAAGCAAAACACAAGCAAAAGCUCAUGACUGAGCGACCUCUCCCUUGCAGUACACAAAAGUUGAGGCACGUAACAUAUAAAAUUGAUGCUCUCAAAAAUGAUUACACAAGUUCUCAGAGUAAUGUUAUACUCCCUGUUAUAUAUGUAACUGAAACAACUUGUUUUCAUAUGCCAAUUACUCAAUGGAAUGAUGUUGAAACAAAGCAUCUUGAAAAACAAAGAAUUAAAAAAAAAAAAAAGACUGUUUAAUGUCGCGAAAAACAGUAUGUAAUAUGUAUGGGUACAGUAAAUGAGUAAGAGGAAAAUUACAGCUGCAAACACCGCAGAAAUGUAAAAAUAGCCCUGGUCCUUAACGGUAAGAAAAUUGAAAAACGGUCUGGUGACUAAGGGGUUAAUUUAUAUUGUUAUGUAAACUAGAUUAACAUGCCAUACAUGUGGUGAGCACAUGCUUUCUGAACUAUGAUGUCACCAGAAACCUGAAGCACUAUUUACCUGUGCAAACAGUUUCAAUCAGAGUGCUCUGACUGGGUGACAACAGACAGGGGUAGUAAUAGCUGAUUGGCCUCUUACCGUUUUGUAGAUAUGUUCCUAGUCAUGACAUGCAUUUUAAUCCAAAAAGACCAGUGACCAUAAACUAAUUAAUUUUUUUUAAUUUAAACCCAUGCCUUGGUUAAAAAACAAACAAACAAACAAAAGGCUAGCAAUGAAGUCUGAAACACGAUGCCUGGCUGUGCUCAUUUGCAAUUCAAACUGAGAAUUCUUGGAUAGUUAUGGAAAUAUGAUUUCUGGGAUAUUAUAUAUUUUAUGAACGAGACGUGGUAGGCAGUCUAGAAGUAUUGAUAUUUGUGUGUUUGUAAUAAUUAAAAAUAAAAAUGUAAACAUAUGGAUUCUAUUCUCUUGGACUGAGUAAGUGAUGUAAAGUACUAAGUCAACAGUGAGAUUAAUGGAAAUUCUUUUGUGAGAUUUUGGAUUCUUUCCUGUACUUUGCUUCUGGGAUGAUAUAUAAUAAAAUGGAACAUAUUUAUUAACCAAAGUGCACAGAAUCAUUUAGAGAAAGGCUUAAACAUACCAAUGUAAGGUCAAGUGAACUAACCAACUGGUAAUUUUAAGUAAAAAUCAAAUAUAUACUGUUUAACUAUACUAUCAACUCGCUAUGUUCUCUUCAAAGAGCUGACAUUCUUGCAUUAUUAUUAUUAUUACAUUAAAGGGACUCUAUAGUCACCAAAACAACUUUAGCUUAAUUAAGCCAUUUUUUUAUAUAGAUCAUGCUCCUGAAGUUUUGUUGUUCAAUCAUCUGCCAUUUAGGAGUUAAAUUACUUUUUGUUUCUGUUCAUGCAGCACUAGCCACACCUCACCUGGGUGUGAGUGAAGCAGAAAGCAUGAAAACACACUGGUUUUAUUGUCAAUUAGAUGUAACUUUUAAAAGGUUUGAUCUCACAGGAUGCCUUUGUUACCCCCAUGACACAGGGUAUAGACUUCAUUGGAAAACAUCCACAUUCAGACCAAGACGCCCCCACCCACAGUUAAAGCAUAGACCUUAUGAUACAAAUAGGUCUUUUUAAGCAUUUCAUCUGAGUCUAUGGCACAGAGCCCUGACUAAUAGAACAAAAUAUAUCCACUACAAUGGGGUAGCUUCAAAUGACAAGACCUUACUUAAAGGGACACUACAGUCUCCAGAACAGCUACAGCUCAAUGUAUCAGCGUCCCUGUCCGGUUAUCCAGACAUGACAUCACAUCUAGGUGCCACUGUAAUGCAGGCACCUGUGGGGAACUAGAGGAGAGCAUGAUCUCUGCUGACAGUAGGAGCAGACCAUUAGUUUACAUGAUGAUAUUAUUGGAGGUUAAGACUAAUGAUACCCCCUUGCACAGACAGAAAUUGGGAGUUUUAUGAUGCAUUUAAAAUAAUGCAGUAAAGUGGAGAUUAAGAGAAAUAAAGCUGAUGGCGAGCAGGAAAGAAGGUAAUGCAUCUGACAGACACACAGACACUCACUCACUGACAGACACACAGACACUCACUCACUGACAGACACACAGACACACACUCACUGACAGACACACAGACACACACUCACUGACAGACACACAGACACUCACUCACUGACAGACACACAGACACUCACUCACUGACAGACACACACACACUCACUCACUGACAGACACACACACACGCACAUACUCACUGACAGACACACAUACUUUUCUUUAUUGCUUCUUACCUUAUAGAGCCGGUGGGGGGCAUCUCCCUGGGAUCCUUCCUGCUCCCGCGGGGUUUAGCGAUGCCGGGUGCCGGAAUAUGACGUCAUAUUCCGGCGCCCGGCUUCACUUCAGUCGGCACUCGUGAGGGAGCCGUGAGGAGCUGGAACACUGAGCUCCCUCGCGGCCCUCCUCCCCGGCCGGGUAAAUGAUAGCAGAGUGGGCACCUGCAAUGUGGGGAAAACAGGUGCCUACUCUGCUAUAACACCGAGCAUGUACUCACGGCUCGCUGGGCCGUGAGUUUGACAUGCUUGGUCCAGUUGAUUUAAGUAUAUAUAGAUUGUUUCAUUCCUGCAGAGUCCUUUUUAUAUUAAUUGUUCAUUACAUUAUUUGCAAAUUUUAAAUUGUUAUAUUUCAUCUUGGGGGUUUCAGAUGCAGGUCUCCACCAUCUGUAAACCUUCUUUACAGAAACAUUAAAUACAUGUGAAGGGUGAAUGAGCCUUCUUGGGCCUAGGCCUGAAAAAUUUAAAAGCAUUAUUGCUCCUAGGAACAUUUUGUGUGGCCGUCCUCACAUAUCACUCUGUGUAAAGGUCUUAAAAUGGGAGAAUCAUUCUGUGGUUGGGAAUUCAAUGAGCUGACAUAUAUUUAUUAUAGUUUACAGAGUGAGGAAAAUAUACUUUGGCACAGUGAUGAUCUAAUCAUUAUUAUUAAUCUGUGAAAAGUGAUCUUAUGCUGCUUUCCAAUAUGUGUAGCUUAUGUGGAUAUGUGAAAAUGUUUGGGUGGCUGAAAUGUCAAAUCGUUGCACACACUUAAAACACGAAUGCAGUUCUUCACCAGUAUCUGUACACAAUUACUAAAUCUGAUGCACUGAUGAGGAAGUAAAACUAUUUGCAGUUUUUAUUGUAAUAGUUAUGUUCUUAAAUGUUCGAGUCCUUUCCAAAAUAUCUGAAAAUAAAUCUUAAAUUGUAUUUUGCACUGAUUAUUUUUUUGUAAUUCUUUAUAAGUUCAAAAUGUAGCAUUGCAUAUUUGGUGUACAUAGAAAAAUAUACUGUAAAGUUUUCAUCUUGUACAGUUGUAUGUAUUCGUAGCGGUUAACAUUUGCCAGGGUAUAUUGCAUUAGAACAUGUUCUCGUUUACAUGUAAACUUUAGUUCGCUGGGCUCUUGUUGCGAUGGACAAAAGUGAGUAAGGAGCAGAUUCCUUUGUAUGCCAUCUGAUGGUAAGUUCUAUCUUGAACUGUUUUAUUUAUUUAUUUAUGGGUAUAGUUUAGCAGACAAAAGAGUGGCAUAGUAGGGGGUGUAGGGAGAGGUUAAAGAAAGAGAAAAAGAAAGAGGGUUGAGAUGGGGGGGGGGGGGGGGGUAAGGGUAUCAGGGGCUUAUGGUGCAAACUAAUGACGUUAGCGCAAUGUAGUGGCUUGGGCAACCCGGAUGGAUCACCCUGCUAGUUAUCUAUAUGUUGUCGCACCUUUCCAUGAAUUCCUCUUACGGCUGCCACACCUUGUUAAAGGAGACAUAAGCAUUAUGCACCUGUGAUGUCAGUUUAUGCACUUAUUUAAAUGUUUGUUUCUAUUUCCUUGAAGAUCGCAGUUGAACGUUAUUACCUGUACACUGAAAUAAGAAAGUUAUGGCAACAGGAGAUGUGAAAGGUGGCAUCCGAAAGUUAGAACACAGAUUAAGACUAAUUAAUUAUCCACGGGAUGUUGACUAUGCGGGGUAAGUUGAAUGUGUAUAUGUUACAUUUGUUUAAGUAGAACUUUUAUCUUGAAGAAACUUUAUGAAAAACAAAUGCCUAAUUGUUGCCUGGAAUUUCACUGAAACACACUCGUUAUGCUUAAAAAGACACUCUAAACAGCACAACAACAUAAGCUUAAUGAAGUGGUUUUGCUGUAUAUGUCAAGCAUCUGCAUUGUCACUGCUAUAUUUUCUGCCAUGUAGGAGUUAAAUCACUUUGUUCAUGUAGCCCUAGCCUCAUCUCCCAUUGCCGAGACUCACACAGCCUUCUUACAUACAUACAUUUUUAGCUUCUCGUACAGUGUGUUCAAUUUACAAUUUCUUGCCUCCUGCUCUAAUUGCCUGCUAGAGCCUGCAACUGCCUCCUGUGUGAAUACAUUUCAAUUAACAGCGCAUCAGAUACCUCCUAAAAUAAAUACACUAUGAUGUAAGGUUUGAUUUUAAAGGGAAAUAAUUUUUUAUUUUUUUUAUUUUUUUUAAUGUUUGCUAUGUGAGUCACAGCCAGGAGAGGUUAAGGCUGCAUAAAUAGAAACAAGUGAUUUUAAUUCCUUAAUAGCAGAGAACUGAGUAGUGGGACUGCAGGGUAUUAUCUAUACUCAAAACGCAUUCAUUAAGCUGAAGUUGGUUUUGUAUGUCCCUUUGACGUAUUAGAUUUUCUUCAGUUAUUAGCAAAAAGUAGCCAUUGAAAGGACAGGCACCAUAAUAGCAUCUCUGUGAUGUUUAUGCACCUUUCCACAGUCUGUCCUUAAAGGGGCACUGUGGGCAUCAAAACAACUUUAGCUUAAUGAAGCAGUUUGAGUGUAUAGAUCAUGCCCCUGCAGUUUUACUGCAUAAUUGUCUGCCAUUUAGGAGUUAAAUAACUUUUUGUUUCUGUUCACGCAGCCCUACCCAUACCUUUCCUGGCUGUGACUGACACAGCCUGCAUGAAAACAAAAUGUCUAGCUCCUGCUCUUCAAAUUUAAAUUUAAUCAUACACAGGAGGCUCAUGCAAGGUCUAGAAGGCUGUUAACAAAGCAGAAAUUCUAAAUUAAACAGAAUGUGUAAUAAAAGAAGUAUAAACAUUAGAUCUCUCUUUACAGGAAGUGUUUAGGAAAGCUGUGUAAAUCACAUGCAGGGAAGUGUGACUAGGGCUGUAAAAAAAAAAAAAAAAAAAAGUUUAACUGCUAAAUGGCAGAUAAUGGAUCAGUGAGGCUGCAGGGGCAUGAUCUAUACAGCAAAACAAGCUAAAAUUCUUUUGGUGCCUAUAGUGUCAAGGGGUAAACUAUUUUAACCCCAAAGUGUUCUCAUUGCACCUAUCCUUCUGGUCCCUUGUAAUUUUCCUUAGGUCUUGGCUUAAAUGCUGAUGUCUUUAACAGGAUGUCCGUUAUAGACUGAGACCAUCAUAUGAGGCUCUCAGCGUAUCAAUGGCCUCCCAUUUGGGAAAAAUGUUUUAAAAUGCAUAAUGACUCAUUGAGAUGAAGUAUUUACGGAGCCUGGAGUAUCCUAUAAUGGCUACAUUAAACUGUAACUGCCUCAAGUUUUAAAUCGGUGACAACAUGGCAAAAUCUUUUUGUGUUCUAUAUAUAGAUCUAUAAUAUGUUAUGCUUAUUUCGGGGUUUUUUUCUUUGUCAUGUUGAUUUUUCUCAGUAGCAUUUCUUUAAAGCAGUAAGAUCUAUAGUCCUUCUGGUGACCCUUUUAGGCACUGCGCGUUUGCUGUGUGGAGAAAUAUUUGAAGUUGUUUAUGGCAGAUGCAUCUCAUUUGGCUGGAAGAGCGAAAGUUCAGCUGGUGUUUUUGUCUAAAUAUAGCAUACGACUAAUGCAGGUUUUUCAUUUGGAUCAUUGUUUAUGAAUACUGUACUGACACAAGGUGGAUGUAGAACAUUUUUAAAAGCUAGCGGUUGUCUUUGUAAAGAAUGUAGAGUGCAUUACGGGGUUUUAAUCCCAGUCGGGGAACUAUUCUAUAAUGGAAGGUUGGGCUUUUUGCAGUUAAAUUGACUUGUCUAUCUUGUAACACUUACAUUUUAUGUCAGUUGACAAGUCACUAAUUUGAAUAUUGAGCACAUCGUAUUCUGGUGGUGAUUUACCUGAGGUAAAAAGAUGUAUAUGGCUUUGAAUGUAUUUAUCCUGAUGUAAAUGUAUUUACCAUGAUCUACACAAGAGUUGAUUAUUCAAUUAAAGGGACACUAUAGUCACCUGAACAACUUUAGCUUAAUGAGGCAGUUUUGGUGUAUAGAACAUGCCCCUGCAGCCUCACUGCUCAAUCCUCUGCCAUUUAGGAGUUAAAUCCCUUUGUUUAUGAACCCUAGUCACACCUCCCUGCAUGUGACUUGCACAGCCUUCCAUAAACACUUCCUGUAAAGAGAGCCCUAUUUAGGCUUUCUUUAUUGCAAGUUCUGUUUCAUUAAGAUUUUCUUAUCCCCUGCUAUGUUAAUAGCUUGCUAGACCCUGCAAGAGCCUCCUGUAUGUGAUUAAAGUUCAAUUUAGAGAUUGAGAUACAAUUAUUUAAGGUAAAUUACAUCUGUUUGAAAGUGAAACCAGUUUUUUUCAUGCAGGCUCUGUCAAUCAUAGCCAGGGGAGGUGUGGCUAGGGCUGCAUAAACAGAAACAAAGUGAUUUAACUCCUAAAUGACAGUGAAUUGAGCAGUGAAAUUGCAGGGGAAUGAUCUAUACACUAAAACUGCUUUAUUUAGCUAGAGUAAUUUAGGUGACUAUAGUGUUCCUUUAAAGUAAAUCAUGAAACACCCAUCUUAUACAAAGGUAAUUAUGUAUAAUAUUGAAAAUCAGGCUUCAUAGAGUUAAGCUGCAUUCAGGAUAUAUCCCUAUAGAUUGCAAUCUGUCUCAUAGUAUGCUGAUUACUUAUUAAUAGACAAUUUGCAUGUGUUGCACUCUUCCUUAAACAAAUCAAUUAGUCUGGUAUAGAACGAACGCGUUUCAAUUCAUUUUUAAACUGAUCGAUCAAUCUAAAAAGGAAGAAAUUAAAGUGUUAUGCCAGGGGAAUCAUUUAGUUUAAAGAAGAGUGCAACAAAUAGUCAUGUCUAGUAAUUGAGUAGAUCUAGAAUGUUAUGAUCCCCUUUGUAAUCAACCAUUUAAAAUUGUAAUCUCUAUCUUUUGCAUUACAUUAGCCUGGACUUUCCAUUUUGUCACUCCGAGUUGUAUUCAUAUUUUUUUUUAUUGCUUAAAGGUUAAUGAAAGGAGAUCCUGCUGCCUCACUGCCAAUACUCAGUUUCACAUUCACAUGCUAUUCAACAUAUAUUGCUGAGAUUCUGGUGUCAAUGGAUAUAGAGCUAACAGCAAAGAGUGACUUGAGGUUUAUUGACUCUGUUUAUAAGGUAAAAUGAAUCUGUAAAAAGCUGAUUCUUUUUAAACACUAUUGAUACGUAAUUACCAGCUCAAUUUCUAAGGGAAAGAUAAUAUCAAUAAAAAUGAUUUCAUGCACUUAGCAGGUAUUCUUAAUUUAUUUUUGUAAUUUAAGUUCUACUAUGCAUUCAGUAGUUUACAUUUGUUUAAAAAUGUCAUUGGACGUGCAUGCCCAAGGAAGGGCUGACGCCAUCUUAAGAACACAAAGAUGGUGCUGUGUGGGACCCAGCAGGAAGGCACAACAUUGAAGCUAAAAUUCAACUAGAUGUUUGAAUUUUCUCUGGAAUAAGCUAGAAAUAUGUAAACCUUGAUUGAGGAGUUUGUACAGGUUUAUGUUAAAGAUGCACUCUAAGCACCCCAACAACUCUGCAUUUAUUUAUUUUAUUUAUUACUGGUAUUUAUAAAGCUCCAACAAAAUUGCAUUAUUGCAAAGGUCACAGUACAGAUCCUAUACUGUCCCUUUGGCCAGAAUGGUUUAAAACUGCAGCGGUUUAUAACAAAUCAUUAAAGUUUUAAAACUGUCCUUUGGAUCAUUGGCAAGGAGGAUUUUUAUAUCCUCCUUUGCAUUCUUUCUCCAUCCCACGUGUGUGUGGUGCACUCAUAACUUGAAUGGACUUAUCCUUUCUAUGGCUUAUAACAGAGCUGCAGCCGUGGCUUCACAAAUCUCUUGAAAUAUGCAAUUUUAUGAAUUGGGAUAGGGACAUGCAGUUAAUCCCUUAAGCAAUUCAGCCAGUUGAAGUACUUUAGGUAACUGGAAUGUAGAGAUGAGCCGGUAUUCAACAUAUUACAGUUUUGUAAUUAACGGAUAUUGUCGAUAACUUACCUCUCCCAGUCACCGCUUACCAUCUUUUUCAUCUGGAAUCUUUGGCCGCCCGUCAAUUAGGCACCAUGCUGAGGCAUCAUGUUCCUCCUCCCUGUGAGUCCUCCAUGCUGAGCUCAGCUGUACGCAGGGAGGUUAGACAGUACAUAAUCUGCUGUAAUGUACUGGGCUGGCUGCCUAAAAAUUGUAGGAGUGUGACUGUUGUCAGCAUGUUUAGUUAAUGCCAGGUUUGUUUAGAAAUUGUUGCUUUUUUUAAAAACUUUAAAUGUAGACAAUAUUGGCACCGAUUAUUGGUAAUAUGCCCAAAAGUUAACCAAUCUGUAUUGACAUCGGCUCUGGAAAUAAAUCAGUUGUUCCUAACUGGAGUGGCCCUUCAGCACAGAAAUAGUAUUUCCAAGUGCCAGUCCUGCUGCUUUUCCUGGUGUUCGACUAAUGUGGAAACCUGUACAGCUUAUAAAUUAUAUCUACGAUUACUUGGAAUUGGUAGACAGUGACAUGUUGAUACUGGCUGCCCAUCGCUACUUGAGAGCAUACUACCGCAUUGCCUGAGCACCAGAGGAAAGGCAUUCGAAAAUGGUUUAAUACUGUAAGGUAAGACAGAGCCAUGGGACUCUAACCACUUUAUUGAGAUUAAGUGGUUAUAGUACUUGUAUGAUUUAGAAAAAAGUAUUCAAGAAGGAUUAUAAAGUAAAUUUUAAAAUAAAAGUAAUCUUGCCCUUCUAACUAGACGAAUGGCCAAUUCAUUGCUUAAAGUUGCCUCACCCAAGAAAUAUGUGAUAAUUGAAAGUUCAGUUAAUUACCGUACAUUUCUCUGCCAAGUGCGAGGCUAUAAAUAAACAAACUAACAUUAUCUUUUCAAAAUGUAAAGUACAUUUAAAAAACUAAAGCCAUGACCUGUGAGGGUUAUUCUCAAAGUUGUGAAACUGAUGUUCAAUAAGACCAGUUACAAGUUUACUUUAAGCUGAGAAAGACAAAUAUUCUUAUUUUACACUUAUUUUAGGAAGUCACAUUGCAAUCUGAAAUAUCUUGCAAAGCAGGCAGGAAACUUUCAAAUACCAUAACAAUAUCCAAAAUGUAACCAGUGACAUAAGUAGUUAUAUCUAGAUGGUACUUAGUAUAUAAGACUCUCUUGUAUAUAACCAUGUUAAGGUAGAGAUCAGUUAUGUUUGUGACAUUUACAGGGUCUUGUGAUUUAGACAUAAUUUUAGGUAGAGAGAUUGACGAUCAACAUCCUUUAGGAUAUAUAACAAUAGGGAGUGGGUUUACAAACGUUUUUAAUAAAAAUAGACAAUUUACAACUUCUGGCACAUGACUAUAUCCACUAUAUCCAUAGAGAAUUUGAAUCGAACACAACUCUAUGUACUGGAAAGAAGAUACACAUAUUCUUUACACAUUGCUGUGAAUCAUGGUAAUUGUAAAUUCAUUUUGUUUUCCUUUUCCAGGUUCUACGUGAUGUGUUUAAUUAUAAACCAAUAUUAACAAAGCAGCAGUUCCUUCAGUGUGCAUAUUCUGAACGGAAGAUACACAUAGUUUGUGAUAUUAUUGACUGUGUUAUGAAGAAGCACAAAGAAUUAGUGAAACAAAACAAGGUAUUAAGCAAUAUAUUCUCUUGGUUCUUUAUUAAAUUACAAUGUGUAUGUUACCAAGGGAAUUCAAAUCACUUUAGUUGGGGGAAGCCACUACUUACAGUUACAGUGUAUAUUUUUUUUUAUAGGUGAAUUGAUAUUGUCAAAGAUGGCAAUGUUACAUCAACUUUAUUGUUAAAUUUUUUUGUGGAACCUUCAGAUAUAUUUUAUGGUUGGCAUAUUUUAUCUAAUUAUGUAUUUUUGUGGUUUUUUUGUUUUGUUUUUUUUUUUAAUGCAUUUUGUUAUCUUUCUUUAUAAUCUAUUUAGUAAGGAGUUCAUUGUAACAACAUAAAUAUACUGUUUGUGUUUGAAAACUCUGUCCUGGCAUGAGCAUAAAAACUGUGCACCUGGAGUCUCAUGAAAUGGUGGUGUUUUUGUUUGUAUUAUCUGCUCAGUUGACCUUAAAUCUCUGGGCUUCAUUACAGCUAUACUUAUUUUGUUUUACAUUAGGCUGCUUCCUUGUGUUCUAUGUAUGGAGUUAUGUGCCUUUUUAAGGUUUCCCAUUAAAUCCAUGUACCCACUGGUGCACUAAAAAAUAGUUUGUGUUUUUUUUUUUUUUGCUACCUCCUAGCUUAGCUGGCCAUAAGACCUGGUACAACUAAGAAUAAAUGUCUUUUCCUAAAGUAUGCAAGCAUAGCAUCUGAGGGAGAAGAAGGGAUAUGCUUUUUAUUUUUUUUGUAGGUGGGGUAUAGGGGACGACUUUGUUUUAAAGAUUUUAAGAAUUCAUGUAUGUGGCAGAACCAGCCUCGCCACUGGGCAUUGGAGAAGACUGAUUGCCAGCCUCCUGCCAUGUGACUAUGGCCCCUGGGAUGUAUUGCCUGCUCUCCUGUACCGCUGAGGAUUGCUACCAACUAGGUGGAUUUGGCUAUGGAGCUUGUGUAGUGUAAUUUAUCUUCAUGUUAUGGUCUUGAUUAAUUUUUAGGGCAUUUAUAUAAUGAAUGCCAUUCUCAAAUGCUCUUACUGCCAGUACAAACAAUAUUCUCUAUGACCCGGGCACUAAAUACAGCUGAAAUUUACGCAAUCACAAAACACCACUGUAUAUUCCCAAAGUGAAGGGGUUCACUAUUCAUAUGCACCAACUUUCAGUCCUUUCUGCCAUUUUAUCAUGACUUAUCGGCAAUAUCGGUGUAUAUAUUUUUGAACCAUGGACCUUAGUAAAACUCCAGCGGUUGGAAAUUACUGCUCUUGAGGAGCCAAUCACAUUGGAGUUGUUUGGGCUGGCUCUGAAUUCUUCCAAAACUGUAAUCUCUCAGGGACCGGAUGGCUUCCCCUUACCUUAUUAUAAAAAUGUUUUCCUGUGCUGGGCCCCUUACUUUUGGAAGUGCUUAAUUCCAUUUUUGUUUGAGCCUCACCCUUAAUUUACUUUAACUCUGCUAAUAUCAUCCUCCUGACAAAAGAGGGAAAGGACCUGAUAAUUUUGUUAUCCUAUGUCUGUUCUGAAUGUUGACCUUAAACCUUUGUCCAAGAUUCUUGUGCCAUGCCUUACAGUUAUAAUCUCCCAGCCAUAAUCAAUCAUGACCAUGCCAUCUUUAUCCUUGGUAGGGAAGUACCAUUUGUGCGCUGAACCUGAUGCAUCUGGCAUGGUACGGGCGAGUCCCAAUCCACCUGCUCUAUACAGAUGUUGAAAAGUUGUUUGACAUGGUGGACUGGGGCUUCAUGUUUGCUAUACAUUAGUGUCCCAAGUUCUUGUCCUGGAUAAUGGCUCUUUAAUAUUGCCUGUCAUCAAGGCUAGAAAACAAUGGAUCUUUGUUGUUUUCCUUCACUAUCCAAAACUGUACCAGUCAGGGGUGUCCAUUGUCCCCUCUCCUGUUUGCCCUGACCUUGGAGCCAUUUCUCAAAAAGAUCCAAAGCCUUGAUGCUGUGUCAAGGAAUCUGUGUCAGGUAGAGUUAACAUAAAAUAAUCACAGAUGCGGAUGACUUGUUAUUAGGUUGUCAAGGAUCUGAUGUCUAAUUUACAAGCUAUUCUGGGCAGAUUAUUUCUGUCUCUGUCCAUUUCUUUCUUUUCUUCAAUAAAAUGCUAUUAUAUAUUUAUUUUUUAUAUAUAUUUAAUCUAUCUAUAAAAAAAUAAAAUAAAUAUAUUGUGUUUACAAAACCAGCACAAAUUGAAGUAUGAUAGUUGUGUGAUGGACCGCCUUGCCCCCCUGACCAGGUACCUCCGCCAAUCGCUGCUUCCUAGUAAUCCUUGAGUUCCAUAAGCACCGAACCGGAUCCCCACAAACCGCCGCAGCUUGGUUGGGGUCUCGCUCACCUCCACCCACCCUGGACCCAAGACCAGGAUCCAGCUUCCAAUGGGUAGACCUCUCCUAGUCCAGAGAGCAAAGCAGGAUAGCUCUUAAAAGAGCUAGUGAUUAUAAUCCAAGGGAGUAUAAGGAGUAUAGCAAUCCCCAGAGUGUGAACAUAGCUCCCAAUCCCCCAAACAUGAGCAUAGACUUUAUGAAGGGUAAGCCUUUCUGUUUAAUGGCAGCCACAACUGGCCUUAUAUGCAGGUCCCCAUGCAAGGGGUUUCCGGUUACAUAUUCCAGGGGCAUUCUCCACUCGACCUGAGAGUAGACUACAGCAAAAACAUACACAGGAUUACAUUGGCUAUCAGGUCCACAACACUCCCACAUAAAACAAGAUAAUCCCUCCCCUGUGCCUGGGAGAUAAUUGAGUCAGGAACUGUACUAAACUCAAUUAUUUCCAGGCACAGAAAACAUACAUUUUACAAUACCCCAAAACACAUGAAAACCCCACAGUCAUAUCCCCUGAUAGCCACGAUCUGGGGGACCAACAUAUCCAAAAAUCACCCAGAUCAGUUCAGGGGUUCUGGAUUUCCAUGGAAGUCAUAAUUUGACCGACUGCACCGGCUCUUGCCCAAAACAGUUAGAGAGAAUCAGAGAUUGCGGUCGGUCUAGUUUGGUAGUUUAAAAACCGAACAAACUACCAAACAUAUUCAAGAGUCAUAUCCUGGAGCCUGUUCCCAUUGUUCGUGGGAACGUUUCCACUGAACAUUGUCUUCCUAAGUGUUAUAAAACCGAACACAGGCGAUUAUGGAAGUCCAGUGGUGUUCAGGAGUUUCAGUGUCUGAAAAUAGUUUCAUGAACUCGACGACCAAACAGAGCAGCCUGUGUUCAUGUGAACAAGAUGGGCGCCACCUCGUGGCUGUCCAUAGGGAAUGCGGCACCCCGACUAACACUUAGAACACUGUGGUGGAAAUUGCUACAAAGUAUCAAUUCGGCUUAACAAACUCCAGGGUGGUCUGGUUCGUGUGGCUGUUCGGUUUCCGAGCCAUAUAGUCUAAAUACACAAACUGAGACUUUUUCAGUGUUUAUUACAGGGCCCAUAGUCAGUGGGCAGGAGGCUGGCAAGCUCCUCAGGAGUUGGUGGCAAACGCACUUGAAAAGGGGAGUUUUUCACAUGUUACAGCUAUUGAUGUAAAUAGCUCUGAAUAUUGAAAUUAGAAUUAUUUAUUUUGAGUGUAUUUACUUUUUUUUUUUUUUUCUAAGGUUAAGUUACAGCCAGCUAGAAAGAAUGUUGCUGUAAAAGACAAGUGUGAAACCUUUUAUCCUGAGGAGACAUCCCUGCAACCCACCCUAAAAACUGAGACACAAACUCAAGUAAGCUACCAACAAAUAACUUUAGUACAUAAUAUAAUCUAAAGAAGGCUUUAAAAUUCACGUAGUCCAAAUUAUCACCAGCUUAAUUCUCAUGCAAAUCAUAUGUCUAUUACUUUUCUUUAAUUGUCAUGACAAAUGAUCAUAAAAAUACAAAAAUAAGCCCAAUAGUUUUUAGAUUAAAACAUGCUUACCGUCCUUUUCAUUUAGACAUUUGGAUUCCUGAUCCUCUAGCGUUAAACACUAUUUAGCUUUCGAGCCCCCCUUUGCCCUCCUUCAAAGCUGUAAAACUCACCUUUAUUCAAGCGCCACACUGGCUCCGUCCCACUCCUCCUUUUUGGCGGAGUUCAUCAGAAUUCCUAUGGAAAAGCAUUGGAUUGGGUGAAAUAGCCAGUUCUGAUGAUCUCUGCCAAAGACGCGGGGCAAUGGGUGGAGCCAAAUGCCACACUGGCCAAUCAGCAUCUCCUCAUAUAUAUUCAUUGAAUCCAUGGAUCGCUAUGAGGACUGUUCAGCUGUAUGGAGACGCUGAAGUUCGUGCUGCACGUGGUCUGAAUUACCGCUACUGGAGGCAUCCCUAGGCAGCAGUGUGUACAUGAAAAUGUCUGGUGGGAUUAAAUAUACACACCAGAACAACUACAUUAAAGAGACACUUCAGGCACCCAGACCAGUUAAGCUCAUUAAAGUGGUUUGGGUUCACUGUCCCUGAUAGUUUAACCCAGCAAUUGUUAUUAUGGCAGUUAUUGAUAAACUGCAGUCAUUACAUUGCAGCGUCAACUCCACUUCUAGUGGCUAUCUACCAGACAGCCGCUAGAGGCAUUUUCUGGUGGUUAGGCGACUUCUGGUAACCUAAAAGACGCUGGAUGUCCUCACUCUUUGCAUGAGGAUAUCCAGCGUCUGCUAAAACCCCAUAGGAAAGCAUUGAUCCAAUGCUCUCCUAUGGUGUAGCCCUAGUGCGAGCAUGUCGCUCGUCGCACAUGCGCAUUAAGUUGCCUCCGCCGUCUAACGUUGCCCGAGGAAGACCGGAGGCAGAGCCUGAUGCAGCCUGAGGGACAUUGGUGCUGGAUUCAGGUAAGUUAUCAAAGGGCUUUUAACCCUUUCAUCACUGCAGCGAGGGGCUCUGUUAUACUAUAUUGUUAGGAAUCCACUUUGUAUUUCUAACACUAUAGUCUCCCUUUAAGUUGUAGUUGUGUUGGUGACUGUAGUAUCCCUUUACGCUUGUGUGGAGUACAUAAUAUUUAUUUUUGUUACUCUUAAUAUUUUUAGUUUAGAUACUCUAUUAAUUUUAACUGUAAGAUUGUCUAAUUUAAAUGCCUUAAGUAUUGGGUGUAUUGUUUUUUUGUAUUGUAGAAGAAGCCAUUAGUGGAGCGACAUGCAGGGAGUGUUCUUCACAUUCAGUCUUUCACUGCAACUGUGCCGCCCAGUGAGAAAGAGACUUCAUCAGAUUCUGACUUUGAAAUUCCAUGUGAGGAUGUGGUAUGUACAUCCAUAGCUUAGAAAACCAUGUUCUUUGAAAAAGUUUGAUUUCUAGUGUAAAACAAAAAAAGGUUUUGACGAUAAAAAAUCCAAGGUGAAAAAAAAUACUAGGUCUGUUCCUACUACCAAUAUCAGUUAAAAAUCAAACAGUUAAAAAUCUAGAAGAUAAUUUAUUAAUAAAUAGGGAACAUCAAUCUGAAAGAAACCCCAGCAAUGGCUGCCUGACUAAACAAAAGUCAAUCACGGCAGUCAAAGCAAAGAGCACACAAAAGGAAAAAGGUAGAAGAGGGAAAUAGGGGUAAAUUUGAACAAAUAAAAUAAUAGUUUAUACACGUCGCAUAGCGAUAUAAAUAGAUGGAUAAUAGUAUCUAUAAAUCAGAGAUAAGAUACAGUACAGAGGAUCCUCAUAGGUGAAACUGACACUAUCGUUCAAUAUAUUAAUUUCUGUGUGUCAGAAAUUAAAUAUAAUAAAAAAUGUCAGUGCAGUUCAACUACAGGGGAUUCUUCUACAGUCAGUAUAAAUUAAAUUUAGAUAUCCUUGAUACAUAGAUACAAUUAUAAGAUACAAUACAGAGGAUCACACUAAGUGGGGCUGUAUGUUCCUGUUCAAUAUAAUAGUAUCUAUAUGUUCAGGGAAAAGAUACACUGCAAAGUAUCAAGGCAGUUCAACUACAGGGGAUUCUUCUGCAAUCAAAUAUAAACUCAAUCUGUUGUGGAAAUAGUGAAUGAACCUGUACAGUUGUAAUAUCGUCAGAAGUUCUUAUGUAAGAACAUGGACAAAUAUUGCUAAGUAUAAGUCACAUCAGCAUACUAAAUUCGUAUUAAAACGAUCAUAGGUAAAUUUGCUUAAUCAAAAGGUUUAAAAUACAGCAUUAUCUAGAAUAUGCCUAAUAGUCUUAGUCGAAAAUCUAAAUACUCAUAAUAAGACCUACACCAAAUAAAAGCAAGUCGGAAUAGUGCCUUCAAGGGCACCAGGUAUAGGAUAGAUAGUGAAAAAACAAAGAAUGCUUAUGCUGAUAAGUGACAAACUAAAGCUAAAGAUAUUUGUAGUAGGAACAGACCUUCUUUUCCUUUUUUGUUCUGUAUUCUUUGAGGGUUAACCCCUAUUCUGUUCCUUUAGACUCUAGGAUAUCGACUUUUUGGCCAAUUCUCAUUAUUUAUUAAAAAAAAAUUACUAUUUCUAACCAACAAACUAACGCAAUUCAAAAUGUCUGAAUAUCUCAGCCUACAUAUCUAGGUAAAGUUAAGACAAAUUCAUCUGAAUACUUAAGAAUUGCAAAAUAAAAGCAGAUUUGCGAACAAAAUGAGGUAUUUGUGGGGGUGGGGCCUGGCUGCUGAGCUGAGCGGACGCAAGAUAGUGCUGGUCCUGCUCUGCCAGGUACACAUUGCUGACUACAAGCCACAGACAGCCCUUAAAAGCCACAAAUGGGUCACGAACCGCGAGGUGAUAUCAAGGGGCACAUAUUGGCACCAAACAAGCAGCCUACCCUGUAGGAAUCACUGAUGUGACACUUAAGGCCUACAAACAUGGACAGCGUGGGGGAGGCGGCCGCUUCCCUGCCACCCCCUGUGGCUACAAUCUUGAACAUGGGCCCUCGUCCCCCUCCCAUGGACCGAUGGAGGUAAUCUCGGUCCCAGGAGAGUCUGACCGAGCUGCACGACAGUAGCCCCAGGCGAAGCCUUCUGACCACAAAAUGGCGGAGACUGCCUUCUUGACAUCCAAGCACGGCUGGAGGCUGUAUUCGCAGCUUUUUGGAGGAAGCUAGAGCUGAGAGGCAAGCCGGCACUUACACAGACCCCGGAUGGGUGCACACCUGUAGCACUGCCCUCCUGGUCUCAUCUUAGAGGCACAUAUAGCUUGAAGAAGCAGACCCAUAAAAGGCACCACAGACGACGACGCUACCCACCCGCAAGCAAACACGCAUGAGCACCAAGAGACGACUGCUACCCCAUGUAAUCAAGCAAAACUCCAGUCCAGCUUACCGUCAUACAUGGAAACCCUGAAAAACCGGCAAGCCUACUCACAUUGUUUUCUGACGACAGUGAGGGGGAUCAAUUGGGCCCUGAUGGGCAGGUCAGGCUUUGAGCACUCCAGGACAAACCCUCAAGCCAUCAUAGAACAAUAUCGGACCUCUGAAAAGUAUAAGCAUGCAUAUGGACUCAGUACUUGGUUUGGGCCCCUUUUGCAGCAAUUACUGCUUCAAUGCAGCGUGGCAUGGAAGCUAUCAGCCUGUGGCACUGCUGAGGUGUUGUGGAAGACCAGGAUGCUUCAAUAGCAGCCUUCAGCUCUUCUGCAUUGUUCGGUCUCAUGUCUCUCAUCUUUCUCUUGGCAAUGCCCCUUAGAUUCUCUAUGGAGCUCAGCUCAGGCGAGUUUGCUGGCCAAUCAAGCACAGUAAUGCCACGGUCAUUGAACCAGGCUUUGGUGCUUUUGGCAGCGUGGGCAGGUGCCAAGCUGAAAAAUGAAGUCAGCAUCCCCAUAAAGCUCGUCGCAUGCGGAAGGAAGCAUGAAGUGCUCCAAAAUCUCCUGGUAGACGGCUGCGUUGACCCUGGACUUAAUGAAGCACAGUGGACCAGCACCAGCAGAUGACAUGGCUCCCCAAAUCAAAACAUACUGUGGAAACUUCACACUGGACUUCAAGCAUCUUACAGUGUGUGUGUCUCCAUUCUUCCUCCAGACUAUGGGUCCUUGGAUUCCAAAUGAGAUGCAAAAGUUGCUCUCAUCAGAAAAGAGGACUUUGGACCACUGAGCAACAGACCAGGUCUGUUUUUCAUUAGCCCAGGUAAGACGCUUCUGACGUUUUUGUUGUUCAGGAGUGGCUUGACAAGAGGCAUCUGAAGCCUAUGUCCAGGAUCCGUCUUUGUGUAGUGGCUCUUGAUGCACUGACUCCAGCCUCAGUCCACUCCUUGUGAAAGUUCCCAACACAUUUGAAUGGCCUUUUCCUGACCAUCCUCUCCAGGCUGCGGUCAUCCCUGCUGCUUGUGCACCUUUUUCUUCCACACUUUUCCCUUCCACAUAACUUUCUAUUAAUGUGCUUUGAUACAGCACUUUGGAAACAACUUCCAUCGCAAUUACCUUUUGAGGCUUUGCCUCCUUAUGGAGGGUGUCAAUGAUGGUUUUCUGCACAACUGUCAGGUCAGCAGUCUUCCCCAUGAUUGUGAUUCCUACUGAACCAGACUGAGCGACCAUUUAAAGGCUCAGAAACCCUUUGCAUGUGUUAUGGCUUACUUAGCUGAUUAGAGUGAUUAGAUUAAUGUGCUGUAAGCCAUAAUCAUCGCACUUAUGACAAAUCACGGCUUGAACUAUCUUGCUUUGCAUGUAAUGUGUCUAUCUCAUAUAUUAGUUUCCCCUUUUACGUUGCAUUACUGAAAUUAAUGCACGAUAUUCUCAUUUUUUGAGUAUCACCUGUAUAUGUCUAGCCUGUAACAACCUUAAUAUUAACAAAAAAGUGCUUACUCAUGAAGACCAUGAAAAUGUUGUGUAUGACUUAUCUUACUCUUGCUAAUGCUAUUGUGGCCUUGCAAGGUUAUCUGUACUACUCUGCACACAUAAAAAAAAUAAAGAAUUUAUUAAAAACAAACAAAAAAAAACAAUGCUUGUGAGUAUGAAACUUCUAUUUAUAAAACAAAACUAAGCAGCCAAUUUCUCUUUUGCAUGUAAUUACUUUUUAUCAGAGGUGUUAGAAAAGGUGCAUCCCAGGAAUACUCUGUGGUAUUCUCCACCAGAUGACUUUAAGUGAUAUAAUAAAAUGUGAGUAUUUGCUAGACUUCAUGUGCUUGUAAGCCAAUCCUAUAAUAGUGAUGUGGACAUUUUUGUUGAACAUGGACUUCAUCCAGGCUCACUAACCUGUCUAGUGCCUAUACAUAUAUAUGGAAACCAUCUUGGGACUUUGGGACCAGCUGAUCUCUUUUUUUUACAAUAUACUGUCAAGAUCUUCUGCCCCAAUGGAAUCUUCUUUUUGAGUGCCUUCAUUCCCCCUGCCGGUAUAGAAUAAACUGCAUGAGGUCCCUACCACCAAAGUAUUUAUUUUUAGAUGUUGUACUUAUUUUCAAAUCUAUAUGGAUUAGGGGGUAGGAGACCUCAUUUCUUUACGUGUAAUAUUGGCAGUAUAAGUCAUUAUGGUGCCUAGAUUGCCCUUUUGAAAAUUAUAUACACAGUACUUGGGUUUGACAAUACAUUAUUGCACUUAUUUUUAGUUGUUGUUAACGUUAAUUUGUAGUUUAAAUCCGGAUUUUAUUUCAGGCAUCAAGAGAUGACUCUGCACAUAUUGAGUUGCUGAAGGCCCAGCUUGCUGAAUGUCAAGAAAAACUGCAAAAGCUAGACUGGAUGGAAGAGAAGCUGCAAGUCUUGGAGACUAGUAUGAAAGGGAAAAUAAUUAUUGAUGAGACAGAUUGGAACAACCUUCUUAGUCGGGUCCUUCUCCUGGAAACAGAUCGCUUGAUACAUUCAAAAAAGGUUCAAUUAAAUUGUUAGAGAUUUAAUGGUUUGUUGCAUUCAGAAAUACAGUAUUUUGUUUUUGUGACAAGAACUGCCACAUAUAUAUUUUGUAAUUCCUUCUCAUAUGUCACAUUGUUUGUUCUGGAAUUGCCUUAUUGGGAUGCGCACUUCUGUAUAUAAUCUUCCUUAACCCAUUUUAUUUUUCCUUUUUUUAUGUAGGGGACCCAGUCACUUAUAAGCAUGUUUAAUCUGUUUACUUAUGCCUUAUAUUUCACAAAUGUUUUUUGUGAAAUGUGAAAAAUUUAAUUAUAUGUAGGAAAAACAUCCAUCCAUCCAUCCUGGAACUGGGUGCCUUCAUUUUGGCUCACUGUGAAGUUGUUGUUGCAACUGUUGCAUUCUUUUGCUAUUGACUAUAGUUAGUAGAAGACCCACACAGCUCAACUGUCUGUGAGGUUGUGGUGACAUGCUUGUUUAAAAUAUUGUUAAUUCUUUCAUAAUUUUUACAAGCCACCUGAAGUGUGGAAAGAGGCAAUGUAUUGUUGAAUUCAGAGGCACCUUUAAUAUGCUUCAUUUAAAGCAGCUCUGUCACUUUUUUUUUUUUUUUUCUCCCUGCACUGCAUCUUUAUAAUCUUCCACCCAGUUAGGUCCAAAUGUCCCUGGACCGAACUUAACUUACCUGAAGAGCUGCCAUCUUAAAACUUCCUACAUGGCAGGUGCCUCCGCCCUUACAUGAAAUCAUUGGUGAUGGGAUGGUCACCUGGUGCUGCCAAACACUGCCCCAUACCAAAUAAGAUAACAUCCAGUGCUCAAUGCAGCAUGUCACCAAAUUGGCCACCGGGAUUUUGUGAGACAUGAGGCAAGAAGAGCUAAAUAUAGCUAUUUACUACCAAUGACAGCCUUGACAAAGGAAGUUGAGCUUGAUUCAAGCUCCGCCCUUCAUCUUUUGUCAAUUUACUGAUUAUACAUAAGGAAAAGUAGUCUCUUUCCUUAUGUAUCUCUUUUAAACAAAACAUUUUUCAAAAUUCAAAAACGUGGUCAAAUAGAAUUAAAUUGGGUAACAAAACAAGUCACUUUAAUGGCAACCAACCUCAUAUAUACUGUAAGGGCUUUGAAAAUGAAUACAUCUUUGUAAUAUUGUUGAAGUCGCUAGAUUCAUUCUGUAAUUUGACUUCAUUAUGUUUAUUAGGGUGAUUUGUCAUCCGAAUUCACAGCUCUCAUGAGUGAAGGGCGCACAUCAAGUCGAAUGACUCAUGAAGUCUGUACAGGUAUGUUACUGCAACUUUUUAACAGUAUAUAUCAUUUAAGGUACGUUUGCACUUAUUUUUAUGUUUAGUUCUAGUAAAACAAAAUUGAUGUUGAUGUGAUGCGAAAGGAUUUUUACAUUGACUUAAAUUGAUAUUUCUGUGUAUCAGAAAUUAUUUUAUAACUUUGCAUUGUCUGCUGGCUAAUGUUGUAGUCGGUCAUAAUUAAAGUGAUAUCCCAUCUAAAUAAGGAUCUAAAUAAAUUUUUGAUGGUUAAAGCUAACCUUAUCCAACCCUCACACAAACGCUAUACCAACCAUACUCCUUACCCAAUGCAUUCACAAACUCUAAUUGUAUGCCUACUCGAAUCUUACACUUAACCUCAUCCUUAUAUCAUGUUUAACCCCAAAACGGCAUAAACCCUACCCUAUUCUUACCCCUACACCUAACCCUAAGAGUAAUAUCAAUUCUCAUAGUAGAAAUGGGUUUUACUCUUUAACACAGUAGAUAGUGGUCAGUGACCACCAUCUACUGGCUGUUUUUCAUAAUUGCACUAUAAGAAUUACUGGAUGACAAUAUUGCAAUUGUUGCUGGGCAGCUAGCAAAGCCCAGCAUCAGUCACAAUCUACUGUGGACAAGCUGGGAGACCCUGCCAGGGUCUCUCCAAAGCAACUGAAGGAAAAAAAAAAAAGAAAAGGCCUGAAAAACGUGAUCUUGCUCAGCUGCAGUUUUAUCCAUGAAUUUAAAGGGCUCUGUACACAGCACAUCGAAACGUCUGGGGCCACUAGCCUUAGAACAUCAAGGGGAGCCCCAGGUAUCAAUUGAUACCUGUGGUUAGUGGUGUGGGCAGCAAUUUAACCCUGCUCAUACGAGAUCUGCAGGGCAUUCUAUGCCGUCCUACAGAUAUUUAGGCCAACCCUGCAGGACAGCAUGGAAUGUCCUAUCAGCGUUAAGGGUUUAAUUUUAAUAUUUUUAAUUGAUGCAGUGAGAUAAUGCCAUUGCUAAGCACAUUUUUUGAAUAGCAGAUUUUAUUGGUUUUAUAAUAUGUUAAGUGCUGUGAAGUGGGUGGAAUGUACCUCUGUUUUAUUGUGUUUUUUUUAUUGUAAUGUAUAGAGCACAUAAACAGAGCAAGCACUUCUAUGUACUUCUAAACAUACGUUUUGUCCUGUUAGUUGCAACCAAGCCAAAUAAUUUAUUAGGAUGGGUUUGUUUCACAAAGUUUUGGCACAUGUAGGGUCAUUCUGGGUGGGCACAAUAGCAAAUAAGCAUCACUGCAAAGAUACAUUUCACCCUAGCUACCCUCCCAGGGUUGAUUGCAAAAUUCUCUAACGCUAUAAACCUGCCCCUUGAACUAAUGUGUCAGUUGAGGACAGUUUUACUUCUCCCCUUUAAGUGUCAAAUUCCUCCAACAUUUUUGUGCAUGCCACACAGUCAAUUAGAAUAGACUUCUCUCCUCCCUUAGUGAGAGCCAUGAUCCGUGGUUAGGCACACAUGAAAUUGUUGUUUUGGCAGGUCAUUACACACACCAGAAGGUGUAUAAACAGAUUGUGGCCACAGUUGGGGGAAAAAAAAAACUUAUUUCAUGAAAAUGCUUGCUGGACCGGCAUUAAAGGACCACUAUAGUGCCAGGAAAACAUACUCGUUUUCCUGGCACUAUAGUGCCCUGAGGGUGCCCCCACCCUCAGGGACCCCCUCCCGCCCGGCUCUGGAAGGGGAAAGGGGUAAAAACUUACCUUUUUCCAGCGCUGGGCGGAGAGCUCUCCUCCUCCUCUCCGCCUCCGUUACGCCCGCCGCUGAAUGCGCACGCGCGGCAAGAGCUGCGCGCGCAUUCAGCCGGUCUCAUAGAAAGCAUUUACAAUGCUUUCCUAUGGACGCUGGCGUGCUCUCACUAUGAUUUUCACAGUGAGAAGCACGCAAGCGCCUCUAGUGGCUGUCAAUGAGACAGCCACUAGAGGAUUAGGGGGAAGGCUUAACCCAUUCAUAAUUAUAGCAGUUUCUCUGAAACUGCUAUAAUUAUGAAAAAAUGGGUUAACCCUAGAAGGACCUGGCACCCAGACCACUUCAUUAAGCUGAAGUGGUCUGGGUGCCUAGAGUGGUCCUUUAAUGAGAUAAGAUCAGACCCCUUAGCCCAAGAUGAGAGAUCUCUACCAAGUAAGUGGUGGGUCUGCCUGUGCAAGCACAGAUUCUUCAGAAACUCUAGUUAUAAUAAUUUUUUGUUGUUGCUUUUUUUAACUUAUGUUUUUCUGUAUAAUUUUAAACAUUGUCUAUGUAUUGCAUUAAAAAUAGGUUUCAGGGGGCGGGGCCUGACAGCCAACAUGGCCGGACGUGUUCUAUGAGAGCUCCAGCAACAACUGGCAGAAACACGACAAUCCCGGCUAAAUUAAUAACGCCAGGAUCACAUGGGGGCCAAAAACCGGUGCAGAACCAUAUGGGGAAUAGAAUGACACCCGACCUGCUCCGCCACUCACUGCGAGUGCAAGAACCGACCGCACGGCCUAAACUGGAGCGGAGCCCGAGGCCUGGGGGAGGCGGCCGAUCCCCCGGCACGAGGCCUGCUCCCAAGCGAAACCUGACGACUUCAGGGACGUUCAGAGAACUGGCGGCAUGGAUACGACCAGCGACCCCGCGCCACUUAGGCAGACACCUACCUCAAGCUCCCGGAGCGGUCUCGGGUCAGAAACGGGAAAGGGGAUCAAAGUGGCGAGAGAGGGCGACAUAUCCCUCCGACACCGGCACCCAGUCACACUGCUAUCGGACCGAGAAAUCAAACCCGCCCGACACACUCUCCACUCAGAGGCACCAGAACUUCCCGACCACCAAUGCACAACCCCACACCUGAAGACCCGCAAGGCCAAUUGGAAAACGGCACAGCUUCAUACAAGCAAGCCUGCCCGGUUCCACUGCCUCGCACGACAUCCCGUCGACCUAAUGAAAACAGGUGCAAGGCGGAUUAGAGCUCUACCCACGGCUGGCAUCGGGUGAACUGGGACACUUGAACAGAGCAGUACCGCACCCACGCUGCCCUAAUUUACCACUCUGAGCUACAACAGGUGAGGGGACCAGGAUGUCACAUGGUACAUUGGACUAUCGCCCAUAAAGGUGCAAUGCUGCGAACUGAUGCUACCCUGUAUUUGCUUUCCAUUACUGGUUUAUCUUGAACUCUGGCCUGCUCUGCCUGGAUGUAUAGCUUUAUUAAUACGCAUAUCCUGCUCUCUGCCUGUUGAAAUGAGUUUUAAUCCGGGUGGUAUACAUACGUUGCUCAAGCGUGAGAACUACCGGUGUUGGACUCAAACCAUAUGUUUAUCCUUCCACAUUUCGCUUAUACUACCUUAGAAUUAAACGAAGGAAUAUCUGUCAUGUUUUCUUCAACUAUGCAUCACAUGCCUAACUAACCCAAUUUACUCCUCCCAGAGGUGUUAGUUUAACGCUUAAGUGGACCUCUAUGGCGAGACUGAGCUAAUCUUAGCCCCAGCUAACAGCUAGACGAGCAUAAAACUGUUAAUCAACAGUUAACUGAAUAUUGUCCUCCUUCUACUAACAAUAAAAAACGGGCUGACACCUGGCUACCCUUGUUCCCCCUAGUUGCAUCUGAUAGACUAGCAUGUACGACAUUACUAGCCUCGUAGGUUAAAGCUAUGUUUAACCCUCACAAGCUACUGGUUCAGAACGUUUAUUAACUCACUAGAUAUGCUAAACAUGUAUUACUCUUGUUUCUCUAUAUAAAAACAAAAAUAUGUACUGUCAUAUCAAUAUGCCUAUAAUGUUACUGUUGUGGCAUAACGAGAAUGCUUGUUACUCUCAUGCACGUGAAAAAUAAAGAAUUAAAAAAAAAAAUCAUUAAAAAUAGGUUUCAUUUCCUGCUUAUUGUGUAUUCUUAAAGCACCAUGAACAGCGUAUUGCCUAUUUAUUUUGCACUGUGAAACUUUGCACAAAUUCUUAAAGAAGAAAAAAAAAAAAAAGGAUGACGUCUUAGUCUUGUACUUAAUCUGACAUAGUUGGUAAUAUGUGAUAAUGAGCUAUAGUAAAUUACAAUUCUUAUUCACCUGCUAGAUCUGCAGUUUCCCGAAAUUUAACAUGUAGACCACAAUAUGCAUUGCAUUGUUUAUGCAUAUGUAUUAGUUCAAUAAACAUAUUCUUAAAUAUUUUGACAUGGGUAAUUUCAUAGUGUUUUUUUUUUGUUUGUUUGUUUUAUUUUUUUUUACUGUAGUAACUGAUAUUUUUAUGUAUUUUAUGUAUGUUAAAUUUUAGAUACAAGUGGUGUUUAGCAUAUCAUUACAUUCUGUAUGGUGUUCCACUGCCAUCUACUGGAAUUGCUAAGUAAUUAAAAAUUACAUUGGAACGUAUUAAGGCUUUCUUGUUUGUGUUUUAAUAUUAUUGACCUAAUUAGUAUUUGUAUCUACUUUUUAAUUUUUCCACAGUGUUAAACCUAUGUUGGCACCUUGUAAUUUGAUGUCAUCUGUAAUUCAAGAAACACUCUAAGCACCAUUACAGUGGGAUGUAGUGAUUAUGGUGCCUGGAGUGUUACUUUUUAUCACUGUGCUUCUAGUUAAAAGAUCAUGCUAAGAUCAAUACAUUGUUUUUUUUAUAUAUAUGUGUAUAUAUAUUUUUUUUAAUUGUUAAACUAAUUUGCAUAUGCUCACCCAGAAUCCUUUGCGGUAGUAACAUCACUGCAAAUUUGUGAUUUAUGUGGGGAAAAGCAAGUCUUAUGGCUUGACUGGUGUGCAGACUUUUGUUUAACAUUGUAUUAACUAUAAUAUAUAUUAAUCAUAUAUAAUAUCCUAAUCUAAAUUAUAUUGGAAUAAAAAAAAUCAAAAGUUGCAGCCCAUCCCCCAAAAUAGAUAUCUAUCUAUCUAUCGAAAAAAGGCUGGCUACUAUACAAGAUAGUAAUCAUAAAUCCAGGAGCUUACUUAGUAUAAUAUGUAAAAAGAAGGAGAACAAAUAAAUAGUAUCUGUCAAAGAGUUAACUGAGUUGGUGAAUAUAGCAAAAAAAUGUAUCUAUCAGAAGGAUACAAUAGCUAAAUGGUUAAGUCACUCACAAAGUGUCCGUUGGCUGCUUACAGUCAAAUAGAAAAAUGAACAAAGCUCGGUACAACAAAGCUAGUGCAAAUAAGCAAUAUAAAUAUAUCGCUAAAAACAACUGUAGAUAUUAAAAUAUUAUUUAUUGAAGAUUAAAAAUGAUAUAAAAUAAAUAGCAUGUCCACAAUCUAAAUGCCAGUCAAUUUCGGGUAAAAUUUGCAAGACCACCUUAGUAUAACGUAUGGAUCCAGAUGAUGUGUGUGAUCCUCUUGCCCAGAUCCUGAUCGCCUGUGAGGACGGCGUGCGUUCCACAGUGCGUUCCACCUCGAGCCUCACUUCGGGGGAACAGCACUGUUCUUGCGACGGUGUUGGUUAUGCGUCUAGGAUCCGGGAUAGGUGAGUUCUUCUGCAGAGAUACCCUGGCUGGAUAGAGUUCGUGUGGAUGUGCCUUCUUGCUGUUCUAGCUGUCUAACGCGUUUCGUAGAGGAUAGCUCUACUUCAUCAGAGACGGAUAAAGCACCCUCUACAUGGGGGUGUUUAAAUACCUCACAGUUGUUAAUUUAAUAAUUGAAAAAAUUGAAAAACUUGAGAAAUUACUUGAAAAAUGUAUACUAAUUCAAUAUAAUAUAUACAUAUCCAAAACAAGAUUGUUACAUAUGAGUUUAUAUAAUACAAUAAAAUAAAAUAAAACGAAAUAAAUAAUAUAUACCAUUCUUUCAUUUGUUGUGUCUUAUUACUUAUGCAUAAUUGGUAUGAACAUAAUUGACAUCAAAAGAGGUUGAUAUCAGAAGUAUGUAUUUUGUGACGUUUUACUUCUUAUAUAUGAUCAGUAUAGCAUAGGCAUGAAUGCAAUCAGUAGUUAAGAGAGGAUGAAGACAAAAAAUAGAAAAUAAUAAUAAAUGGAAACGAAAUAUACUAGAAUAAAAUGCAUUAGACAUUCUAUGGUAAUUAGGACAGAAAGCUUGUCAUACGUCUACAUUAUAUAAACAUUUGGAAGGAGUCUUGUAUCCUGAAACGAGACAUAAUUGUUAAUACAGGGAACCAUUAACAUAGUUUGUGUGUAACAAAUGAGUUUACAAUUAGUUGCUUGAGAGAACAUAGAACAUGGAAAGCACCAAUUAAUUAGAGGUUCAGUAGUGUACCUUAGUGGGAGUUGUAUAUCAGAAAAACUCAUGAGAGUUACAUAAAAAUAUAGAACACUAUAAAAAAAAAUCUAUAAUAUAACCCUAAAAGACUCUGUACAAACAAUAUAAAAGUUUGAAUAUGUAAGACAGGUCCUAGGGGAGCUUAUUGUAAAUUCUUCUUAAAUUUGCAUAAUAGGGACAAGUAAUAUAUUGACAAAAAUGAAUAUAGACAAAAAUGAAGAUGAAAGUGAAGAUACAUGAAUGUGGGAACGUAAAAAGCCCUUGACGGCUAAAAGGGGCAAAUAUCGUCUAACUCAAAAAUUCUGGAUCACAAAUAAAAGGAAAUAUGUGAAAAAAGAAAAAGAAGUGUAAAAUAUAAAAUAUCAAAAAUUAAAAUUACAAUUAAAAAUAGAGUUAAAAAUAGAUAUAAAUAUAAAAAUAGAAUAAAAUAAAAUAAAAAUAAUAAUAAUAAUAAUAAAAAAUAAAUAAAAAUAAAAAAUAAUAAUAAAAAAAUAAUAAGAAAUGAUAAAUAAUAAAUAAUAAAUAAUAAAUAAAAAUAAAAAUAAAAAUAAAAAUAAAAAUAGAAAUAAAAAUAAAAAUAAAAAUAGAAACCUAAAAUAAAGUGCUACUGAAAAGAGAUCAUAAAAAGCGAUCAUAAAAAAGCAUUAAGCUCAAAAUCUACAUUAAGGCCAUGGGGGACCAGAGUGUUAAGGGUAAAAAUCCAUUUCGCCUCAGUUUGGUCUAGAUUAGUGUCUAUACUCCCUGCUCUCCAGUGAACAUUAACUUUUUCAAUGGAAAAAAAUACCAGUCCUGCUGGGUCAGCUCCAUGUGUUUCUCUAAAAUGUUUAGAGAGAUUAUGGGUUAUCAGACCUUUCUUGAUAUUGCGUAUGUGCUCCGCUAUUCUCACUUUCAGGGGUCUCUUAGUGCGUCCUAUGUAUUGUUUUUUGCAUGGACACAUGAUGAGGUAUAUAACACCUGAAGUGUUACAAUUCAUUUCCAUUGAAAAAGUUAAUGUUCACUGGAGAGGAGGGAGUAUAGACACUAAUCUAGACCAAACUGAGGCGAAAUGGAUUUUUACCCUUAACACUCUGGUCCCCUAUGGCCUUAAUGUAGAUUUUGAGCUUAAUGCUUUUUUAUGAUCGCUUUUUAUGAUCUCUUUUCAGUAGCACUUUAUUUUAGGUUUCUAUUUUUAUUUUUAUUUAUUUCUAUUUCUAUUUCUAUUUUUAUUUAUUAUUUAUCAUUUCUUAUUAUAUUUUUAUAUUUUUAUAUUUAUUUUUUUAUUUAUAUUUUUUAUCUUUUAUUUAUUUUUUAUUAUUUUUUAUUAUUAUUAUUAUUUUUAUUUUAUUCUAUUUUUAUAUUUAUAUCUUUUUUUUAUAUUUAUAUCUAUUUUUAACUCUAUUUUUAAUUGUAAUUUUAAUUUUUGAUAUUUUAUAUUUUACACUUCUUUUUUCACAUAUUUCCUUUUAUUUGUGAUCCAGAAUUUUUGAGUUAGACGAUAUUUGCCCCUUUUAGCCGUCAAGGGCUUUUUACGUUCCCACAUUCAUGUAUCUUCACUUUCAUCUUCAUUUUUGUCUAUAUUCAUUUUUGUCAAUAUAUUACUUGUCCCUAUUAUGCAAAUUUAAGAAGAAUUUACAAUAAGCUCCCCUAGGACCUGUCUUACAUAUUCAAACUUUUAUAUUGUUUGUACAGAGUCUUUUAGGGUUAUAUUAUAGAUUUUUUUAUAGUGUUCUAUAUUUUUAUGUAACUCAUGAGUUUUUCUGAUAUACAACUCCCACUAAGGUACACUACUGAACCUCUAAUUAAUUGGUGCUUUCCAUGUUCUAUGUUCUCUCAAGCAACUAAUUGUAAACUCAUUUGUUACACACAAACUAUGUUAAUGGUUCCCUGUAUUAACAAUUAUGUCUCGUUUCAGGAUACAAGACUCCUUCCAAAUGUUUAUAUAAUGUAGACGUAUGACAAGCUUUCUGUCCUAAUUACCAUAGAAUGUCUAAUGCAUUUUAUUCUAGUAUAUUUCGUUUCCAUUUAUUAUUAUUUUCUAUUUUUUGUCUUCAUCCUCUCUUAACUACUGAUUGCAUUCAUGCCUAUGCUAUACUGAUCAUAUAUAAGAAGUAAAACGUCACAAAAUACAUACUUCUGAUAUCAACCUCUUUUGAUGUCAAUUAUGUUCAUACCAAUUAUGCAUAAGUAAUAAGACACAACAAAUGAAAGAAUGGUAUAUAUUAUUUAUUUCGUUUUAUUUUAUUUUAUUGUAUUAUAUAAACUCAUAUGUAACAAUCUUGUUUUGGAUAUGUAUAUAUUAUAUUGAAUUAGUAUACAUUUUUCAAGUAAUUUCUCAAGUUUUUCAAUUUUUUCAAUUAUUAAAUUAACAACUGUGAGGUAUUUAAACACCCCCAUGUAGAGGGUGCUUUAUCCGUCUCUGAUGAAGUAGAGCUAUCCUCUACGAAACGCGUUAGACAGCUAGAACAGCAAGAAGGCACAUCCACACGAACUCUAUCCAGCCAGGGUAUCUCUGCAGAAGAACUCACCUAUCCCGGAUCCUAGACGCAUAACCAACACCGUCGCAAGAACAGUGCUGUUCCCCCGAAGUGAGGCUCGAGGUGGAACGCACUGUGGAACGCACGCCGUCCUCACAGGCGAUCAGGAUCUGGGCAAGAGGAUCACACACAUCAUCUGGAUCCAUACUUUAUACUAAGGUGGUCUUGCAAAUUUUACCCGAAAUUGACUGGCAUUUAGAUUGUGGACAUGCUAUUUAUUUUAUAUCAUUUUUAAUCUUCAAUAAAUAAUAUUUUAAUAUCUACAGUUGUUUUUAGCGAUAUAUUUAUAUUGCUUAUUCGCACUAGCUUUGUUGUACCGAGCUUUUUUCAUUUUUCUAUUUGACUGUAAGCAGCCAACGGACACUUUGUGAGUGACUUAACCAUUUAGCUAUUGUAUCCUUCUGAUAGAUACAUUUUUUUGCUAUAUUCACCAACUCAGUUAACUCUUUGACAGAUACUAUUUAUUUGUUCUCCUUCUUUUUACAUAUUAUACUAAGUAAGCUCCUGGAUUUAUGAUUACUAUCUUGUAUAGUAGCCAGCCUUUUUUCUAUACUCUCUUAUAGGUUUUUGGUGGAUUCCUAUAUCUUUCCAGUUUUAGAGCUUCUGUCUGAUAGGCUGACUCCCUCUUUUCUGUUUUCUAAUUUAUUUUAGUUAGCAGUUUGUGUUUCCUAUAUAUAUAUCUAUAUAUAUCUUUUUUGAUUAUAUUUUUAUUGCAAUAUAAUUUUGUUUAUGAUGAUUAUUUAGCAACAGAGAAUUAACCUCACCGUUGUCAAGUGUGCUGUAGCCUGUUUGAAUAUGUUUUGCUGAGAGCAUAUAUAAUUCUCCUCUUAGCAGCUGGUUUUCUAUUAAUUAUAUAUAUAUAGGCAUCCAUAGAAUCCUUGCACUCAAGCUCCAAUAAAUCAAUAAAGACCUGGUGCUGAAAAUCAGGGGAACAUUUACAUACCGAUCUGUAGUGAUUAGCACUCACGGAUUUCCAGAAAAUAGUAUUAAGAAAUAACUUUUAUUGGUCCAUUAAAAAAACUGCAUGCAGUUUUUUUAAUGGACCAAUAAAAGUUAUUUCUUAAUACUAUUUUCUGGAAAUCCGUGAGUGCUAAUCACUACAGAUCGAUAUAUAUUAUAUUAUAUUAUAUUAUAUUAUAUAUUUUUUAUUUCAACAUAUUCUAGCAGGGAUCAGCAACCUACUUCUCAUGCAAGUCACUUGAGGUGCCUUUUCACGGCACUCAAGACUGCCAGAGACAAACAGGCUCUGGCCUAUCAGGAGUCCCAAUGAGACUUCAUUAUUCUGCUAGUGCAACCCGAGUGGGUGAUUGCAGGUGGUGAGGGACAAUCCUCGAUUUACUCAUUGCAGCACUUCGAGAAAGUAAUCUCAUCACUUCCCAGCACUUGUGAAUGGAAUCUGCACUGAAGUAGAGCAGCCCUGCCCUUGAUCAGCACCUCGCCAGCUUGGUCCCCACUGGACCCCAGUGAAACCACCCACUAGAAAUACACAGAGCUGCAGAAGAAUAUUUCAGACAGCCCACACAAAAACAUGCAUUCCUCACAAACACAAUACCACUGACCAUAUGCACAAAUACAGCGCUACAAAGCAACUGCAGAACGCAUAAAUAACACAAGCAGAAUAUGGCAACAUACAUGCCUCGAUUGUAUAUUAAAAAAAAAAAAAAAAAAAAAUGACUGGCAUGCCAAGGGACUUAAAGAUCUUCUUUUGGCACAGUACUACUAAAAGGUUGCCUACCCCUGUUCUAUAGUAAUGUAUAGUAAAGUAAAUGAUGAGCACAUACAAUGAUACAAAACUGAAUAAAAUACACACAUGAAAAAAAUGUGAAGUAUAACUACACAAAACUUAUUAGUUUCUAUUAUUGCUGAACUGGUAAAGAAACCGGUUUCUUAACAACUACAAUUUCUUUACAGAUUUUAAAACAAAAGCAGAUAUACCUGAGUGCCAACAUCAGUCGUCUGGAUACAGUUCCUUGUUAUCUGCAGACACCUCACCCAUAGCUGUUGACAUUCAUUAUACCAACUUGACAGAAGACUCAAAGGUAAGCUGAACUUACAAAUGAUUUAGUGAAUUCCAUUCUAAGGUCAAUAGAACAUGCCAACAUUAGUAAAGGUAAAUGCUGUCCAUGCUAUUCUGGCCUACAGAAUGCUUGCCCAGUCUAGCAGAUGCUAAAUCUCGUUGAGUGUGUGGAAACAAAAUGCAUUUUACAAAACCGAGUGAUGUGAGCAGCAUAUGAAACAUAAAAUUUGUCCUUGGCAUCUGUCAAUCAGUCUAAUGAAAGCAUACAGGGAAAAGAAGAAAUGAAACAAUGUGCCCAUUCCUUAUUGUGAUUUGCAAUGUGUGCCCUGGCUGUGCCUGGACUGAACGGGAUUGUGAUUAUUAUUUGCUAUUGCCAAUAUUAAAUCAUGUAUUCAAAUGUGUAAUUUCCAUAGAAGCAAGAGUUCUUCUUCAUUAAAGGGACACUAUAGUCACCAAAACAACUUUUAGGUUAAUGAAGCAGUUUUUGUACAUAGAUCAUUCCCCUGCAGCCUCACUGCUCAAAUCUCUGCCGUUAAGGAGUUAAAUCAAUUUUUCUUUUUUUUGCAGCCCUAGCCACACCUCUGCUGGCUUUGACUCACACAGCCUGCAAGAAUUUAUUUUUUCCAUUUUCAAUCAAAUGUUUACUUGCUUUUAGAAGUCUGUAUCUCUUGCUCUGUAAAUUACAUUAAUCACAUAAAGGAGGCUCCUGCAAUGUCUAGCAGCUACAACAGAGCAGGAGAUAAGAAAUCCUAAAUUAAACAAUGUUUAAUAAAGGAAGUAUAAACAUUAGAUGUCUCUUUACAGGAAGUGUUUAGGAAAGCUGUAUAAGUCACAUGUAGGGAGGUGUGGCAAGGGCUGCAUAAACAAAGUGACUUGACUCCUUAAUGGCAGAGAAUUGAGCAGUGAGACUGCAUGGGCAAGUUCUAUACACAAACAUUGCUUCAUUAAGCUAAAUUUGUGAAAUUUAAAUUGGUUCAUAUUGCAUGAUCCUUUUGUUAUGUGACAGGGCUAAUUAAUCAGUGUUUAUUCUCUUCAGAACAUGUCUUAUUUUGUCAUGUACUGACAUUAAUAAAUAUAUUUUUGCAGGAGACCACAAGAAAAAGAAUGGAAAGGAUAGGUAAAAUGUAAGCAUCAUAUUUUUAUUCUUUUACUUUUUUUCUUUGGUUUCAAGUUAGUGUUAAUUAGUGUUCUAGAGUUCUUUUAUAAUGCAAGUUAAAAAAUAAAAAAAUACAAAAAUACAUUUUAGUCAAAUGAUUGAAAAAAACCCCCUCAUAUUUUGCCAAAUGAUUGAAAUGUAAUACAUUAUUGUAUUUUAUUAAGAAAUCAUGGGAAACCAGCUGAGCUUAGUUAAAUGUCUAGUUUACUCUUCUUUUUAUUUUAAUAUUCAUUUGGCUGUUUAUUUUUGCCUAACUAAAUGGGGGUUAUGUAUAAAAGGUUUUGUGUUCAGCUUUGGGCUCUUUUUUGCAAGUCAUCCCUUUUUUAUUCCCUUAUUGUUCCAAAAUAUUCUUUACUGUGCCUCUACCGUCACUUUAUAUUCGUGUUUUAUUUUUAUUCUUUGUUUUCGGUUUACAAAUGUGUUACUGUGUUUUUUUAUUUUAUUGGUGCCCAUUGUUUAGUUUUUUUGGUUUGUUUUUGUCUGUCACUCUCAAAUAAAAAUUCCCAGCAGUGUGUGUGUGUGUGGUGCAUUUUCCGUGACCAGUAAGCAGCCUUUAAUGUAUUUUUUUUUUUUUUUUCUUGGAAUAUAAAAGUGUUUCAAAUUGUCAGUGUAAUAAUGUCGAUUUGUCCUUGUAACGGAGCUCCAGUACUCCGACUUUAAAUGGCUCGCCAUAAUAACCACUAGAUUGAAGGAAAGAUAUAUAAUUAAUCUGCGUACUGAUCUGUAUAUCUGUUUUAAGACUCCAAAUAUUAUCUUUAUUGUUUCUAUCAGCUGUUCAGUAAACUUGUUCAAAAAGUGGAUUUGGCUGGUUCGUCUCAAUUAAAUUCCUUUUAAUCCACACCUUAACCAUCUUUUGUUUGUGUGUGGAUUAAAAGAAAUUUGAUUGUCGUACUGGGCGAAACAAAUUUUUUACAUAAGUCUGCUAUUCAAUGAACUAUAUUGAUUCAGUGGGGUAGGUUUCUUUGUUGAUCCCUUUGUCCUUGCUCCUGCAUCUGCACUAAAACCAUGAAUGUGCAUGUUUUCCAACUCUCCCCCAUCUUUCCAAUAUGUUAUCUCUUACCAGCAAGUACUAGCACAUUAUCACUUUUCCGGUAAAAUAUAUAUUUUUUAAAUUAUUUAAUACUUAAAAGUUUGUUUUACUGUCUUUUUUGGAUGUCACCUUUUUUUAUUACCUUAUUGUUACAAAAUAUUCUUUACUAUGGGUCGACAGUCACUUUACAUUCAUGUUUCAUUUUAUUCUUUUUUUCAGUUUACAAAUGUGUUACUCCCAGUGUUUAUUAUUUUUGCCAUACAAGUACCUUAAUCUAUUCCUUUUCUUUUAUCUCUAGGAUGGAGGAAACCACACAACUUUUAAAAAGUUCAAGUAAUGCAUCAUAAUUGUAUUUUAUAUUGCCUUUUACGUUUUAAGAAAGAAUACUAUUUGACUACGUUACAUCUAUAAUAAAUUAUUUUUUUUUA